AUGUCAGCCACCACCACUACCACCGUCACACAAAAUGCCCCGUCGGCGGAUACUAUCCUCCGCUUAUUUCCAGACAUCGACACCAGCUCGGCGGAGCUAGACGGUCACGAUGAGGAGCAGAUCCGGCUCAUGGACGAGGUAUGCAUCGUCCUCGACAACAACGACAAGCCCAUCGGGACCGCCAGCAAGAAGCUCUGCCAUCUGAUGACCAACAUCGAUAAGGGCUUGCUGCACCGAGCAUUCUCCGUCUUCCUCUUCAAUGACCAGAACCAAUUGCUCCUUCAGCAGCGGGCCUCCGAGAAGAUCACCUUUCCGGACAUGUGGACGAAUACCUGCUGCUCGCACCCCCUGGGCGUUCCCGGCGAGACGGGAUCCAACCUGCCGGAGUCGAUCGAGGGCGUCAAACGCGCUGCUCAGCGAAAACUCGGACAUGAGCUCGGUAUCAAGAAGGAGCAGGUCCCGAUCGAGAACUUCCACUUCUUGACGCGAAUCCAUUACAAGGCGCCCAGCGACGGGAAAUGGGGCGAGCAUGAGAUCGACUAUAUUCUGUUUAUCAAGGCCAACGUCGACCUUGACGUCAACCCCAACGAGGUGCGAGACGUAAAAUACGUCACUCCCGACGGACUGAAGAGCCUGUUUGCGGACCCGAGUCUAGUGUUCACGCCCUGGUUCAAGCUCAUAUGCCAGUCGAUGCUCUUCGAGUGGUGGGAGCACCUAGACUCCGACCUCGAGAAGUACGCCAACGAGCAGGAAAUCAGGCGCAUGUAA